AUUGUUGACCUAUCGUUCCCACUCUUUUCCUGAAUUUUAGGCGUUUGUAUCCACUACAAAUUCUCUCAAUAUCAAUCACUUCCCAUUCAUACUCUCCUUUCCUCCAUUUCUCUCUAAACUUGAUUUUUCUGGAGAAGGGGAUUUCUCUGUUUCUCCUUCUCUCUCGCAAUUCUAGCAUGGCUUCCUCACGAUGGAUAAGGCCUGAGGUGUUUCCACUCUUUGCAUCUGUUGGAGUAGCAGUUGGUAUUUGUGGCAUGCAACUUCUUAGGAAUAUAACCACCAACCCUGAAGUAAGGGUGACGAAAGAGAACAGGGCAGCAGGAGUGCUUGACAACUUUAAAGAGGGCGAGAAAUAUGCAGAACAUGGUCUUAGGAAGUAUGUCCGAAAGAGAACUCCUCAGAUCAUGCCAUCCAUCAACGGUUUCUUCUCAGACCCAGAUCUUCCAACUAACUAAAACCCGCUGACCACUCUAUUUUGGAUUGCAUCUUUUCAAGUUUGAGAUCUGGAGGAAGGAAGCAAUGACAACGCUAUUCAUUUAUCAUUUGCAUAGGAUAAGGAAGAGUAUGAUUCAUUGGUUGUUCCAUCUUUUUGUUACUCUAUCUCAAUACUAUUUAAUAAUAACAGAGUUCAUCUUCUAA